AUGCAGUCGAUCGGCUCGGCCCAGGCAGAAGAACGUGCUGCCCUCAAAGUGCUUCGGCGUGAAACCAAAGAUACAUGGAGCCGACUUGCUAGCAUUGCACAUGAUGCCUCCUACGUCGAAGAAGUGGCCAAUGCAUGUUACCCUUUGCCGCUGAUAGCCAAUCUUCGAUGCGGUGCCUGGUACACAGAUCCAUCGUUGCUGAAAGGCACAUCGUACUUCAAGUCCACGGAUGGGCACAUGCAUCAUUGGGAUUUUAGUCUCAAGCGCGCCAAUAUGCAUCUUCUUCCUCUCAUCGAGCACACUCAAGAUUUCACCGGGUGCAUCCUAGUUGAUUCCACGCGCCGCGGAAAACGAUACCCAGACGCUCUGUCUAAAACAGUACCGAUAUGGUGCUGCGUCGUUAAUCAUGCCUCCCAUCGUUUGCAUGGAUCACCCACAGAAGUGCCGCCGUUGCACGUCCCUAGCGAUGCCGUAUCGGAGAGCGAACGUGCGCAGAUCGAGGCACGUAUCCCUCAAUGGGUCGAUAAGCUGUGUGCAUCAGAUAUUGCCGUCCCUCACUUGACCAAACCCCUUUGCCCUGUAUUCGCUCAUGCACCUGAGAUACCUACGUUGCCCCAUGCGACACAACACCAUGUCGUGCUGGUCAGUGUAUCCCCCCUUUCUGUUUCUGACUUUCACUGGCCCAGUGCCACCUAUGUCCAAGGCGCAGGCGAUGAUCACGAAGCAUGGGCAGAAGGCCUCACACCGGCCCUAUACUGGCGGCACCGACGCACGCUAUUGGAUUCGAGCUUGACGCGCGAGGAACGUAUAGAGAUUAUUGCUCAUCUGGUGGCCGAGGAACGUGCCCAAGUUGGCAAAGUCGCUUGGCUUGAAGGCGAAUGUCAUGUCACCCGAAUCCAAGAGACCCCUCUAUAUAUCCAAGCGGUGCCUACGAGUCAUACUUUUUCCAAGGACGAACGAGAAGCGUAUGCCCUUAUUGUUCAUGCUGCGAAGCCUCCAUCAGAGGGAUCAGGCAUUUUAGGACUGGGGCUAGAGCCGUCUAAACGUGGAUUGCAUGCGUUCACGCAAGCAUUGCCACACGUCGUCGAUAUGAUCACGGACACGCUUUGGCGCGAAGCACAGCGCCCAUCACCUCGUGGCAUCUUAGUGUGCUGCACAGAUGGCAGCCAACUCAGUGGUGCCUUGGCCGUUGCUGUGCUGGCAGCCUCUUUUGACGAGCACCGCCACUUGAUUGGCGUAGGACAGGCCGCCGCAGAUGCCCAAGCAGCCAUGACAGCACAUCGCACACGUCUUUCCAAAGAUGCCACCCAGCGCCGUUUGCAGUGGCUCACAGGCUCUGUGAGCACGGCUUCCCCGAGCCGUUCGCAUCUGCAACGUGUCAAUGCCUUUCUCAUCGGACCCUUACGUCAAGUGCGUGUUUGGCCCUCUACGAACGCAGCAGAGGCAGAUACCCCGCCCAACCCCUCUUUGUUGACAUCGUAG